AUGGGCCUCACAUACAACGUCUACCUCAACGCCGACAAGAUAUUCGGCUGCAGAGAGUGCAAAGCCCACCUCGCAGACUACAAUGACAUAGUCAGCCGUAACUUCCGCGGCCAACACGGCAAAGCCUUCUUAUUCGAACGAGUCGUCAACGUCACGGAAGGAGAUCCCGUCGAACGCAACAUGACUACAGGCCGCCAUAUCGUGCGCGACAUCUCGUGUCGUACGUGUCGGGUGGUCGUCGGAUGGAAGUACGACAAGGCAUACGAGCCGGCGGAGAAGUACAAGGAAGGAAAAUACAUCCUGGAGGAGGCGUUGUUGUGUUUGGUGGACCAGAAGUGA